AGAACGAGUACCUUUAUAUGUUGCUGAUAAUACUUUUGUACUUUUACUGAAGUAGGAUUUUUAUUUUCGAGUAUUCUGACAUUGUUGUAUUGCUAGCUACUUUUACUUAGGCUAAGUAAAAGUUCUGAAUACUUCUUCCACCACUGACGGGGGCAAUUCUGCAAAACAUACUUAUGAUACAUUUUGUUGCUAAUACUUAAUUUUAUUUAGGUCAUAUUUUGAAUGCAGGACUUCGUAUUAUUUUUAUUUCGUGGUGUGGCUAUAUAAGGAUAGGAAUUCCUCUUCCCGCCACUGUUUGGACGCUGUACUGCGCAUGUGUGUUUUCCCUGUUGGUGAACUGACUUAUCUUGACAUGUAAACACUCUCUGAUGAAGCUAUGGUAGCGAGGUAGCUCAUUGGUCCAACGUCACAUCGCAGUCUUCUUGUUUAUAGCUAGUUAGACGGGGAAAUGUUCCUAUUUAAGAUGAAAUUGGUGUCAGCAUCCGGCGGCUGUCCGUGAACAUGAGUGUCGGAGGGAAAACGUGGCGUGCGUCCUGUCUCCACUCAGUGUUGUUUACAUAGAUCCUCUCUUUACUGAUUUCCGCUCAUUAGCAUCACCCGUCGCUCGCGCCACCGUCCAGCAGCGAUGUACAAGGAGGGGGACGAAGUGCAUGACGACUGCGGCUCCCGGGAGGAGUGGACGCUCCUGUUCUGGACCUCUCUGGCCGUCAUCGUCCCGGUCAUCAUCACACUGUGGUGCAGCGCCCAGCGCUCCAAGCGGAAAACGCACAUGAAGGAUUUCUUUCGCAAGAGCAAGCACGGCUGGCACUACACAGACCUGUUCAACAAGCCCACCUACUGCUGCGUGUGCUCCCAGCACAUCCUCCAAGGGGCUUUCUGCGACUGCUGCGGCGUGUGCGCCGACGAGCAGUGCCUGCGCCGGGCCGACCGGAGCCUGUCGUGCAAGGAGAUCCUGGCCCCCUCUAGCCCUGACGGAGCCAUGGGGCACCGCUGGGUCCGCGGAAAUGUCCCCCUCGCCAGCUACUGUGCAGUAUGCAAACAGCAGUGUGGGACCCAGCCGAAGCUCUGCGACUUCAGGUGUGUGUGGUGUCAGGCCAUAGUGCACGAUGACUGCAUGGACAGCCUGGCAGAUGCAGACCAGUGUGACCUGGGCGAGUUCCACAGCCUCAUCAUCCCUCCUCACUACCUGUACCGUGUCAACAAGCUCCGCCGCAGGCACCCCGACGAGUACAGCAAGCUGGCGUCUUCCUUUGGCAGUGGCUGGACUCCAGUGUUGGUCUUGGCUAACACACGCAGUGGUAACAACAUGGGGGAGGCUCUGCUGGGAGAAUUUCGCACCCUUCUGAAUCCUGUGCAGGUGUUUGACCUGUCUGAGUUGACUCCCUCCAAAGCCCUCCAGCUGUGCACCCUGCUGCCCCCCGGCAGUGUUCGGGUGCUGGUGUGUGGGGGUGACGGCACAGUGGGCUGGGUGCUGGAUGCCAUCGAUACUAUGAAGCUGAAGGGCCAAGACCAGUUUAUGCCAAGGGUGACCAUCCUGCCCCUGGGGACAGGAAAUGACCUUUCCAACACUUUAGGCUGGGGUGCCGGGUAUGCCGGAGAGAUCCCUGUGGAACAGGUUCUCCGUAACAUCCUUGAUGCCGAGGUGGUCAAAAUGGACAGAUGGAAAGUGCAGGUGGCUUCAAAAGGUCUCUACUUUCGUAAACCAAAGGUUCUGUCUAUGAACAACUACUUCUCCGUGGGGCCUGAUGCUCUGAUGGCGCUCAGCUUCCACACGCACCGCGAGAAAACACCCUCCUUCUUCUCCAGCCGCAUCAUCAACAAGGCGGUAUAUUUCCUGUAUGGCACCAAAGAUUGUUUAGUACAGGAAUGUAAGGAUCUGGAUAAGAGGAUUGAGCUGGAGUUGGAUGGGGAGAGGGUGGCUCUGCCCAGUCUGGAGGGCAUCAUAGUUUGUAACAUUGGCUACUGGGGUGGAGGCUGCAGACUCUGGGAGGGUAUGGGGGAUGAACCCUGCCCCCCCACACGGCUGGAUGAUGGUCUGCUGGAGGUGGUGGGUGUGUUUGGUUCCUUCCACUGUGCUCAGAUCCAGGUCAAGAUGGCCAAUCCUGUACGGCUGGGACAGGCCCACACUGUCAGGCUGGUUCUUAAGAGCUCCAAGAUGCCCAUGCAGGUGGACGGGGAGCCGUGGGCCCAGGGUCCCUGCACCAUCACCAUCACCCAUAAGACCCAGGCCCUCAUGCUGUACCACAGCGGCGAGCAGACGGACGAUGAUGACGACGAAUCCAGCGCCUCUGAGGCGGAGAGCCCCACCCCUCACGACUCGCCCAGGCCCCCGGGGCAGGCCGCCACUCAUGCGUGACCCGCUCCAAACAUCACGUGAACAUCUUAUCUCAGUCUUCUUUCUGCAGCCCAGUUUCUGUUAAUCCCUCACCUGCAUUUGCAAUGGCACUUACUCGCCCUCCUCUAACACACUUCAUCCUCAAAUCACGUUGAUGAGAAUAGAAGUUACAAUUUUCCUGUGUAAUCAUUUCAUAUCUUUUCAGAGAGCUCACAGGGGUUAGAAAGGUUAGUUUGGAAUUGGGCUGGUGUGAUUUGUUUUUUGGUCUUUUCUCUCCACACUCCCGGUAUAUUGUAAACCAGAGCUCAGGCAGUUCCCCCUCCACAGGCGGGACAGUCCGGAGGAGGUGAAUGUUAUGGAGAAAGAUUGCGGUUUAUUUGCACUGAUCCCUUGUGCCAUAGAUAUCUAUAGUCGACUAUACUGUAUUUACAAUUGAAUGCAUAGUGCAGCCCUGCAGGUAUCAGAGCCAUUUUUAACAUUACCCAGUAAUGUUGCCCAGGUUCAACUGACCAAACCCCCACCAAGCCAUGUCUAAAUCAACAGCAGGUGAUGAAGUAGUAAAACAGGAAAGAACAGUACUGUCACAAUGAAUGUGAAGUGGAGGUUUGGCUGAAGGUACAUACAAAGCUUUAUUGCCCAUUAGUCAUUUUUUAUUCCAGAAAGAGCACAAACAAACAGCUAGUAGACUCUAGUUGAUGGUGUGUGAAAUGUUAAACUGUACAGAAUAUCUGUUUUAAAGUCCCCUUUCAGGCUCCUCGUCACAACGUUGAUAGUUUUUAAGUGUCUCCUGCAUUUGUCACCUAAGAUAAGGCUUUGAAAUGUGUGUGUGUGUGUGUGUGUAGGCCAAAAGGUCUCUGAAUCGCGUCGAGCAAGGGCUCUGUUACAACUGCAAUGCGUUUUUAAUCACUGGACAUUGAUGUUGGUUUGUUUACUUCGUCAUUCACUGUCUUCAAGUAGCUCGCAAAACUUUUAGAUUUUACUAAGAUGCUAAGAUACAGUCUUGAAACUAUGUUUAACUUUCCUGUUAAGAGCUAUAGGAAAUGACUACACUUUUUUAUUUUGGUUUAUUUUGAAAGUACCGCCAAGUAACUUGUUCAGAGGAAUAAUGUUGUCUCGUGUAAAACCUUUUGUUUGUCCUCUUCUUUACGUAGUUCCUCCUGUUUACAUAUUUUGUGCUGCACUGUUUUGGCACUUACGCUGAUAAAUAUUGUACACUGCUUAGGACAUAGGACACACAUGAAACCAUAAUGUUGACCUUUGAUGUUGCUGCCAAUAGUGAUAACUGCUGAUGAGAUUAAGCUGUCCCAUGUUGUUACUUUACCUUAUUCAAGUAAUCCUCGUGCAUUACAUCAUUUGUGUUUUACCAAAUAGUCACCAUAAGGUGGCAGACUAAAGACAGUAUUUUCUGUAGAGUUCUGUUGAGUCUUCUACUCAAAUCUCUACAGUUUAAUAUUAAUACCAUCAGAGUUACUUGCAUGUACUUUUCUGUGUAGUGUUCAGGUGAUAUGGAUCUAACUGUUGAGUUUUAUUGUUGCAUCUUUCCUGCACUCUACAUAAUGUGUGCGUUUGUGUUUGACUGUCAGAUAGCCUACUUGUAGGGAAAUUAAUUUUACCCUUUGAGGUGGUCCUGUUUAGUGCAGAAUGGUUGCCUGUUGCUCACAGCCAUAUCAGAGAAGUCUGUAGAAUGUUAGUUUGUGCUUUCUUAGGAACCCAGAGCCAACUUGCUGCUCUUAAGGCUGAACAGGGAUCCGUUUUUAGCCGCGUGAUGCCUAUGCUUUUGGAAUAUGCACCUCCUUGGCAGGUAACCAAGCCUCACGGUUUCAUCACCCUCUGUUUUGUUUGGUGAAUGUCUUCUUGCUCAAGGACACCUGUUUAAUCUUUUACCUUAACAUCCAUGUUUACCAGAGGUGUGUGUGUGUGUUGUGUUGCACUGAAUUUGCUUAAAUGUAACAGGGUUUAUUGGCAGGUUUUUAGCCACGCUAGCAGCAUGCCUCUAGUGAAAUAUCUUGAUAACUGUUUGAUGAAUUGUGAUGCAAUUUGGUACAGAGAAUGAAUCCUAAUGAUUUGUUGAUUCUGAGCAUUUAUUUAGCUUCACCAGCAGGUCACAGUUGUGCUUGUCAAACACUUGAUCAUUGUGUCAGAACUACUGACGGUAUUUCUCUCCGCCUUAGCUGUAGUUUGAUACUAAUUCUAGUUAGCAUGCUAACAUGCUAAAUAUUAGCAUAAUACAGCCCUACUGUACGCAUGACAGCACAUGCUAACAUGCUAGCUAUCUGCUUAAAUCAGAGUUGGACCUAAAUACAGAUGUUGUUUUGCGAAACAGCUUAAAGCUGCACUUGUUUUUAUAUUAACAAUGGAUAAUGUGAAAUGGGUCCCUCAUCGUGUCAAACCCAGAGGCAAUUAUCCCCAACUCUGCAGGUCCCUUCAGAUUUCCAGAAUGUUCUUCUUCUGUUGAGUUUUAUGGCGGUUGGCAUCCACAAGUGUUCACAGUGUAAACCGCCAGUGUCCACCCAAAGUGAUCCCACUCACUACAUUGUCCAUUCUAUUACCCAGACUCAAUUGUCUGAGUUGGUGCAACAUCUAGAUCCUCUCCAGAUAUGUCCACAUUGUUCAAGAAUCUCCUUGCAGCGUCCAGCACCAUCUUAAUCCUUUCCGACUUCCCCUUUUAUUUCAGCAGCACAAUUUAUACCCAUGGCAGUGAAUGCCAGAAAUCAUUUUUUGUCCAUGCAGAUGUUCUGAUCAGCUCCAUUCCCUUUCUGCUCCUUUUCCUUUUGCACGGCCACCAUUUCACUGUUUCUCUCCAUUCUCUUAGCAGCUUCAGCGUAUGAUGUUGCCUUUUCUGCUCUGCUCUUUUACUUCCCUAAUUCUUUUUGGACACUGUGCCGAUCCCGUAUGGUGAUUUCCCUCGCAGUGCAGGCACAUAACUUGCUCUUUUUCCACUUUGCACUUCUCCACAUUACAGUUGUCCUUCCCACAUCUCCUGACUCCUCUACAUACUGCAGCAACGACCAUAUUCCUGACAGCAGCAUCAUCUGAGAGGAGCUCUGUCAUCUGGCCUCACCCUGGAACACACAUAAUCAAGAUACGCUCUUUCCGGCAACUCCCCCUCAAAAGUUAAACACACUGAAUUACUGUGGUCCUUCUUCUUUACGUCUGUGUGGGAAGCAAGUCACACUGCUGUGAUCUCCAAAUACAUGAAUCUCGCCGGGCUCUGUCUCUCUGAUGCUUUGAUGCACAAUCAAUGAUAACCAUCCCACUUCUUGUUAUCCUGACCGAUCGUACAUCUCCAAGCUUUCCUCCUACAACCUUUCCGACCUCAUGUGGAUCCUUGAAAAUCCCGUCUGUUUGUGUCACAGCUAACAAGAUACGUCUCCUCUUUCCUCAUUGUCUGACUGGAAUCACUCGAAUUACUCUUACGUUUCUUUUUAUCUUCAAAUCCUCUUGUGUCCUCGUUGCUAAUUCCGCGCUGUGAUUCCUCCUCUGACCUUCCAGAGUGCUUUAGCAUCUUCCAGUUCAUAGUUUUGGUUUUACGGCUCGCAACUUCUGCUUGAACUUUUCGUUUAAUCUCACCACUCUCAUCAACCAAGUUAGCAGCAGCAGCAACAGGAAGCUGUUUUUAAGCAAAAAAAGUUCUGCUAAACCCACCGUAUGCUAUGUGCCCAGCACAAACAGCACACAGACAUAAUAGCAAUUGGCUAGUUGCCAAAGACCUUGGGAGAUGUUAGAAACCAAAACAGAGCUAAAGAGAAUGAAUAAUGUACUUAACAGUUGUCAGGUUGCCAGAAACAUGACUUCAAAUUAAUGAUAAUGUUGCUCCGUGUCUGCUGGAUGCUUAAGUAGGCUUCUGUUUGCUAACAUAUUUGGCAUAGCAACUUUAUAAGGCCAGAAUAUGUCAAACGUGUGGGACGCUCAGCUUGUUGUGUAGUUAUUAUGCAAUGUACAGCUGAGCCUAUGUCCAAAAACGGCCGUUGCACUGAGGAUAACACUUGAUUUAAGUAACAGCAUGGCCUUUUUUUCUGGCACCACCAUGGAAAUGUUUUGCCCCACUAGUGCUGGAUUUAAUAUUAAAGUGGUCUCAUUUUUAAACCAUCCAACAAAUCUGUUUCCUGGUGUGCAAUGACUGUUACACGUCACAGGGUUGCUAGCAUGGCUAAAGACUUUUACUUGUUUUACUGUUGGGUUGGAGGGACAUGACUGUGAUGUUAGUGUUUUGAAUGCUCCCAAUUCAAAGCAUUCAGUUUUAUUAUUUGUUAAGUCUUGGCAGAUAUAGAACAGUAUUUACAGUGGCUUCAUAAAGUAUUCAGACCCCUUCACUUUUUGCACACUAUUGUGUUGUAGAUUUCAUUUGAAAUUGAUAAAAUUGCCAUGUUUCCCCAUCAAGCUACACUCAAUUACCCAUAAUGACAAAGUCAAAGGAUGUUUUUAGAAAUGUCUGCAAAUGUGUUACAAAUCAAAAACUGAAAUCUCAUCUCAUUUAUAUAAGUAUUCAGACCCUUUGCUGUGGCACUCCAGAUUGUGGUCAGGUGCAUCCUGUUUGCUUGAAUUAUCCUUGAGAUGUGUCUAGAACUUGAUUGGAGUCCAACUGUGGCAAAGUGAAUUGAUUGGACGUAGUUUAGAAAGGCACACAGCUGUGUAUAUAAGGUCCCACAAUUCACACUGCAUGUCACGACAAAAACCAAGCCAUGAAGUCCAAGGAACGUCUUUAGCCCUCCGCAAUAAAAUUGUGGCAAGGCUCACAUCAGGGCAAGGGUAUAAAACCAUUUCUAAAGCUUUGAGUGUUCUCAGGAGCACAGUGACCUCAAAAACUGAAAUGGAAGAAGUUUGGAACCACCAGGACUCUUUUGGCCAAACUGAGUAACUGGGCAAGAAGAGCCUUGGUCAAGGAGGUGACCAAGAACCCAACGGUCACUCCAAGAGAGCUUCGGAAGUCCUCUGCAGAGAUGAGAGAACCUGCCGGAAGGACGACUAUCUCAGCAGCACUCAAUUAGGCCUUUAUGGUAGAGUGGCUAGACGGAAGCCACUUUUAGUAAAACGCAUAUGCCAGACAGCAUUUCAAGGACUCUGAGAGCUUGAGGAAAAAAACUUAGACUUCUGGUCUAAUGAGACAAAAAUGUAACUAUCUGGACAGAAGUCCAAGCACUAUGUCUGGUGAACACCAGGCACUGCUCAUCACCUGGCUAAAACCAUCCCUACUGGUGGCACCGUCAUGCUAUAGGGGUGCUUCUCAGCGACAGGGACAGGGAGACUGCUCAGAAUUGAGGGAUGGAUGAAUGCAGCCAAAUACAGAGAGGUCUUUGAAGAAAACCUGCUCAAGAGCGAACGCACCCUCAGACUAGAGCGACGGUUCACCUUUGAGCACAACAAUGACCCGAAGCAUACAGCCAAGACAAUGCUGGAGUGGCUUCGGGACAGGUCUGUGACUGUCCUUGAGUGGCCCAGCCAAAGCCCAAACUUAAACAUAGAACCAUAGAACAUCUGCGGAGAGACCUGAAGAAGGCAUUUCACGGACGCUUCCCAUCCAAUCUGACGGAGCUUGACUGGAUCUGCCAGGAAAAAUGGGAUAAAUUCCCAAAUCCAGGUGUGCAAAGCUUGUAGAGACUUACCCAAGAAGACUCUGCUACCCAAGGGGCAAAUCUGCAAAAACUUCUAAAAACAUGUUUUCACUUUGUCAUUAUGGGUGUAGUAUGAGUAUGUAUGAGUGUAGACUGAUGGGCAAACAUUGCAAUUUUAUUCAUUUAAAAUUACAUCUAUAACACAAAGUGUGCAAAAAGUGAAGGGGUCUGAAUACUUUCUGAAGCCACAGAGACUCAAUUUGGCAAGGCCAAGGCCAAGGCCACUGUUGUGUGUGUGUCUGUGUGUGUACAAAAAAUAUUUCAUUAUUAAUGAGUAUAUAUUUGAAUAUGCUUACUUUUUUGCUGUCAUAUCUGUAAAAGUAAAGGCUGAUAAGAAUGUGCCGAAAACAUGAUAAUUAAUUUCAUUUUGACUACGAUAUGGUCAAAAUAAGAGGCCUCUGCUAAACGGGAAUGAAAAUACAAAGAAACUGUCUGCGUGAAAAUAAGCUUUUAUUGGUAACAAUCAUGGAAAACAUAGCUGUUAAUGAAAGAGGUUAUAGGUGAAAUUGUUACUGCAGGUGACAAACUGAUUUUGAUUGAACUGAAUGUAUUGAAGCGAUCUUUUGAAUUUUAAGACAUUCCCAUAAAUAUUUUCAUAUAUAAA